AAUAUAAAAAGUGAAAAAGAAGCUGAGGAGCCAAUGGAGAAACCACAGUAACACAGCUGAAAAAACCCAUCCAGAGAAUAGUGCAAGGCUCCACCAAGCUAGCACUGCUCCUUUUUCCUUUCCAUUUUCAUUACCAACAACUCCUUUUUCAGUUUUCAUAUCAUGUCAUCACCCCAGAUCCAUUUUCUCAGACUUCUGUGCCUGUAAUCAUGUGAUGUAUGCGUACAUGCAUGGGGAAUCUCCUUUGAUUUGGUUCUUGGAGCUAUGGGAUGUUGUUUGUGGUUUGCUUGUUCUGUUUGGGUUCGGACUUUGAGGCUCUGAGCUUGGAUCUUUGCUUGUACUAGGGUUUUUGUGGUGGGGUGUUUUGAAUUCUUGAAUCAGUAAUUAUGAAGAGAAGCUUGUGGGAUUGGAGGCAUCCGUGGUGGAUGGAAGAUAUGAUGUGAAGAAGAAUUUUUUCUUUUUGGGAUUUUUAUCUUGUGGAUGUGUGAUUCUGGGCCGUUUCUUUUUUUGUUAAUCUUUUUUUCAUUUCAGCAAUCUUUUGUCCUUUACGCAUCAAGAUUUCUUGCUUUCCGUGAUUAAUUAUAAAAAAAGUUCAUAGUCCUGAUCCUGAAUCAGAAACAUUCUCCCUUUUCCGCUCUGAGUAUGGUGUUCGUUAGCCGAAGAAAAACUGUGGGUGUAUGCUUGAGGACUUAGAACUUUUUAUUUUCUGAUAAAAGGAUGAAUUCUUGUUAAUAGCCCACAAAGUGUUUGAACCUUUGCGGCAGUGAAAAUAAUUUAAUUGGAGUUCAGGAUUGGUUGGUUUCUUGAAUUAAUUGAGAUUGAGAUUUCGAGAGAUGGCAAUGUCUUGCAAGGACAGUAACAAGGCGGCUGCAGCUGCUGCGGCGGCGGCGAGCAUGGAUAAUGGUAAGUACGUGCGCUAUACCCCUGAGCAGGUUGAAGCCCUUGAGAGGCUAUAUCACGAGUGCCCCAAGCCGAGCUCCAUGCGCCGCCAGCAGCUCAUUCGUGAGUGCCCUAUUUUAUCUAACAUUGAGCCUAAGCAAAUCAAAGUAUGGUUCCAGAAUAGAAGAUGCAGAGAGAAGCAAAGGAAAGAAGCUUCAAGGCUUCAAGGAGUGAAUAGGAAGCUGACAGCCAUGAAUAAACUCUUGAUGGAGGAGAAUGAUAGGCUGCAGAAACAGGUGUCACAGUUGGUUUACGAAAACGGCUACUUUCGCCAGCAUGCUCCAAGUAAUGCACUUGCUACAAAAGAUACAAGCUGUGAAUCAGUGGUGACGAGUGGUCAACAACACCACCUGACGCCUCAGCAUCCACCAAGGGAUGCAAGUCCUGCAGGGCUUUUGUCCGUUGCAGAAGAGACUCUAACAGAGUUUCUUUCAAAGGCCACUGGAACUGCUGUUGAGUGGGUCCAAAUGCCUGGAAUGAAGCCUGGUCCGGAUUCCAUUGGAAUCGUAGCUAUUUCUCACGGUUGCACUGGUGUGGCAGCAAGAGCUUGUGGUCUGGUUGGUCUAGAGCCCACAAGGGUCGCAGAAAUCCUCAAGGAUCGGCCUUCAUGGUUUCGCGAUUGCCGAUCUGUGGAUAUUCUUAAUGUGCUGCCUACUGCCAACGGUGGAACCGUAGAACUUUUAUAUAUGCAGUUAUAUGCGCCAACAACUUUGGCGCCGGGUCGCGACUUUUGGUUGUUGCGCUAUACUUCCGUCAUGGAUGAUGGCAGUUUAGUGGUUUGUGAAAGAUCACUUAGCAAUACUCAAAAUGGUCCGAGCAUGCCACCUGUGCAGAACUUUGUGAGGGCAGAGAUGUUGCCUAGUGGUUACCUAAUUAGACCUUGCGAAGGAGGAGGAUCAAUAAUCCACAUUGUAGAUCACAUGAAUUUGGAGGCAUGGAGUGUUCCUGAGGUGCUCCGCCCACUCUAUGAAUCUUCAACAGCGCUUGCCCAAAAGACCACCAUGGCGGCUCUUCGUCAACUUAGGCAGAUAGCUCAGGAAAUUUCCCAGUCUAAUGUAGGCAACUGGGGCCGAAGACCAGCAGCUUUACGAGCACUUAGCCAUCGGCUGAGCAGGGGAUUCAAUGAGGCUCUUAAUGGACUUAGCGACGAGGGAUGGUCGUUGAUAGCUAAUGAUGGCAUAGAUGAUGUUACAGUUCUUGUGAACUCCAAUCCAGAAAAGUUGAUGGGCUUAAAUAUCUCUUUCGCAAAUGGAUAUGCCUCUGUUUGCAAUGCUGUCUUGUGUGCAAAAGCAUCUAUGCUUUUACAGAAUGUGCCUCCUGCAAUACUAGUCCGGUUUCUACGGGAACAUAGGUCAGAAUGGGCAGACAGCAGCAUUGAUGCUUACUCAGCAGCUGCUGUUAAAGUUGGUCCAAAUACUUUGUUAGGGGCCCGAGUUGGUAAUUUUGGGGGUCAAGUUAUCCUUCCAUUGGCUCAGACUAUAGAGCAAGAAGAGCUGCUGGAGGUGAUUAAGCUGGAAGGUGUUGCCCAUUCUCCUGAAGAUGCAAUGAUGCCGAGGGACAUUUUCCUCUUGCAGCUAUGUGGUGGGAUGGAUGAAACUGCCGUUGGCACGUGUGCUGAACUCAUAUUUGCGCCAAUUGAUGCCUCUUUUGCUGACGAUGCUCCUCUCCUGCCCUCUGGUUUCCGCAUCAUUCCUCUUGAUUCCAGCAAGGAAGCUUCCAGUCCAAACCGUACCUUGGACCUUGCUUCUGCUCUUGAAAGUGGGACGGCUGGCAAUAAGCCGUCGAACGACCUUGCUGUUACCAGCUGCACCACAAGAUCCGUCAUGACAAUCGCCUUUCAGUUUGCAUUUGAAAGCCACAUGCAAGAAAAUGUUGCAUCAAUGGCCCGACAAUAUUUACGCAGCAUUAUAUCAUCAGUUCAACGGGUGGCAUUAGCUCUCUCUCCAUCUCACCCAGGUUCUGGUCUUCGAUCACCGCUUGGGACUCCUGAAGCACAUACCCUUGCUCGUUGGAUUUGCCAAAGUUACAGGAGCUAUAUGGGCGUGGAGCUUCUCAAAUCUAGCGGUGAAGGGAGUGAAUCCAUCCUUAAAGCACUAUGGCAAUACUCGGAUGCCAUUUUGUGCUGCUCCGUUAAGGCGAUGCCCGUUUUUACAUUUGCAAACCAGGCCGGUCUUGACAUGCUCGAAACAACCUUGGUUGCUCUUCAAGACAUAUCUCUGGAGAAGAUUUUCGAUGACCAUGGGAGGAAAAACCUCUGCUCUGAGUUCCCACAGAUAAUGCAACAGGGUUUUGGAACGCUCCAGGGUGGCAUAUGUCUGUCGAGCAUGAGCAGGCCGAUUUCAUACGAGAGAGCAGUAGCCUGGAAAGUCCUGAACGAAGACGACAACGCUCAUUGCUUGUGCUUUAUGUUCAUCAAUUGGUCCUUCGUCUAAUUUUAUGGUUGAUAGCUAUUAGAGACAGAAAAUAGUUAAAUGUCUUCAUUUGUUUUUGCUGUUUAUGACACAAAAACUCCUUGUUUGAUCUUGCUGUUGCUUUUGUUCAAUGUGAAAUGCUGUUUGUGGAGAUGGUUUAACUCUAUUUUCUUGCCUGCCCGAAGUUCUUGAUCGGUACCAGAGAAAUU